ACGCGUUCCACAGGUGUUUGUUAACAAAACGUAUGUGUUCUCGUUGUGUGCAGUAUAAAAACACAUGCGUUUCUUUAUGGAGCGGGUGUUUAUAACUAAAACAGUAAUGUGCAGUGUUUAAACGGUUGGUGUUUAUAUUGGCAUGCCUGUGUGCAAACAUGAAACGUUUGUGUUUACUUUUAUGUCAUAAGCUCAUCUCGUCUUUUGAUUAUUUAUAACAAAUAAAACAGAAACAUAACAGUUAACAGAAACAUAACAGUAAGGAUAAGACAAUACGAAUGUUUAGAAAUGUUUAAUGCGAAAGUGUCUCUGUCUUAAACGCCGGUGUUUCAGGGGGGAACAUUUUGCGUAUGUCAUGAGUGCCGAUCAAGAACACCCUCUGAUAUUAUCCGAGGUGUUACGAAUUUAACUUCCUUUCUCCUGCUGCAGCCGGAAUUUUUGGCGCAAAUUUUACCUUUCUUCAUUUUUGUGUAAAUUUAGCAAGGAAAACAUAGAAAAACAACAGCAAAAGGAUGACUCUAAAGUGGCAGUGCUGAAGACUUUAGAAUCAGAAACAGCUAACAGAAAUAGAAAGGACCAGAAGACUACGCCUUUGAUGCAAAUAAUUAAGCUUGAAGAUGAUGGGAAUUUUGGGAGACUUCUUUCUUCUGCACCAGAGUCGGCACCAAAGUUGGUUGCAAUUGAGAAAGAUAAACGAAUUGUGAACAUGGCUAUUGUUUGUGAUGGUACACACAUUCUUCUAGAGACAGCCGAUUCAAAAGAGGCCAAAGCUGUGUUGAUUGGUUUGGUUUACCUUGCAGACCUAGAUUAUCCAAAGGCAUAUUCACAGGUGCGUGGGUUCCUUCAGCAAACUGAACUUCAGCAGCAGUUUGAUGGGCAUAAGAGCUACGGAUUUGUUCAAUAUUUAAAGACAGUGAACUCCGAGAUGGAGAGGAAAGAAAAGAAGCCAAUGUGACUUAAGUGAUCCAGCUUUCAUAAAAGGAAAAGUUGAACUUUACUUUCAUUUGGAUAAUUAUCAGUUUACACUUAUUCAGAAGUAUGUUUUACUAUUCAGCACUGAGAUAAGUCAAGCACGCUGUCUUACAUACAGCUCUUUUUGGACUUGGGUUAAUAUUAUAGCACUUUGGUUAAUAUUAUAGCAAUGUUGGAAAUUUGUGUGCAAUUUAAAGUACUUUCAUAGUUUAUUGUAGGAAUGGCAACAAAUACUGAUUUUGGUAUUCGAAUAUUUGUAUAGAGCAUUCAAAUGUUAUCCAAUAUUUGAAUAUUCGUAUAAAAAUUGUAUGCAUCCAAAUUUGUACAAUGCACUAUGAUCAAUAAGUUUUCCUGUUGAAUUGAGAAUUUUUAUUCUCUUUUUUUGAGAGUCGUUGAUGAUGCCUUAAUAUGUAACUAUUCACAAUCUUCAUCAUGAGUAUUUUUUAAGAACUGAUUUCAUAAAUUAGAUGUGAUAUUUGCCAGCUGAAGGCAUUAUUGAGGGGUGAACAUCUCAUCAUAUUUAAUGACUUGUAAAUCCAUAAUUGUUUUAUCCUAUGUUUUGUUACAAAGAUAAAUUGUUUCAUUAACUGUAGUUUUUUUGGAUUGCAAGUAAAUCAAAAGUUACUAAGUACAUACUUUUUAUUAUAUUUAUUUAUUUUAUGUUUAUCACCGACUGUACUUAAUGCUGAUCAUGAAUUAUUAAUAUAUUGCUUCUGAUCAACUAUGUUAAUUACAGAGGAUGACUGUUGCACAAUCCAUUUAUAUAAAUAGCACUGUAAGAUUUCAUGAAAAAACACAUAUAUUUUAUAAAAAGCGAAUGAUUUUAACCAAUAGAAAUCUGGCUAUUUUAGUACAAAUUAAUAAUUUCAUAUUUCUUGCAACAGAUGUUUGAUGAUGUCAUAAUUUUUAGCUUGAUUAUUUAAAAAAUGGGAAGGCAAUAGCUUAGCAGCUGAUCCUAGCAUUAGUGUUGCAUGACACAAUGUUAAAUGUUUUAGACAAAGAAAGACAACCAGUUCUGAUAUUUAUUUGGAACUUCACCACACAUGUUUUGUAUGUAAAUAUAAGUUCACAUAAAAAGACCAAUAACUCUGUUCUGCAUUUUGACUAAAUGAUGUUCCUUUUAGAAAAUUCUGCAUAUGUAAAAUUAUGUAUUUUUUGUGUGAAAGAUGUAUCUCCAGUCAUAGAAUUUUAGCCGAAACUUUGUACAUGUGUUAGAUACGAAAAUAUUAUUUACCAAUACCCAUUCAAGGUAAUGCAUUUGAUUGAAAUAUGCCUCAUUUCGGAGUAAAUGCAUUGGGAAUAGUGCAGGCAUCAUCGCAUGUUGUCGCUCUAA